AUGAGUGAUGAACUUUAUUGUCUUCCAGCGACUACUAAUGAUAGGGGAGAGAUCGAUUGCUUAGCCCCAAAAGCUAAUCACUCACCAGAUUUACUUGAUGAAAUUUAUAGAAAACCAAUUUCCAAAGAAGAAUGGGACGAAUUAAGAGCAGAAAUCAACAAAUUAUCACCACUUGGCAGUGCAAACAGACAAAAUAUUUGUUUUGCAGUACGUGCUGUUGUUCGUUUUGAAAAACGAAAUCAUCAUAAGUGUAUUAUCGCUAUUACACCUCACUACUUCAUUGCAUUAGAACCAAACACAAUAAAAGUUGCUCCUCAGCCAACAAAAAAGGGCGCUCCGCCACCAAAACCAACAAUGUACGUUAGACUUUGCUUUUUCCAUGUUUUGCACAUCAAAAAACUGUAUUAUGGCACAAACUAUCAAAGCGUUCGCUUCUUGAUGAUCCGUCUUGUUUCUUUGAUCGAUACAAGAACAAAAAAGAAAAUCAAACCAAAAGUAACAAUCGAAGCCGAUGAAGUCCUCAAAUUCGCUUACCAUACAUUACGAAACUUCUGUUUAGCCCAUUCUACGUCAUACGCUUUACGUUAUAUGGAGUUACCAGAAGAAUUACGUCUUGAUCCAGAAACAGACCAUCCAGAGCUCUUCCCACAUUUCAAUGCCGACUUGAGUCCAUCAGAAAUGUUCCAGUUUUCGUAUUUCGCGCUUUGUUCAAAUGAAAAACAGAAAUACGUCCACGAUGUCGUCAGAUACUUCCACCAUCAAGUAAUCAACCACAAUGGUAUCUUUAACAUCGGCCAUUUACCUUUCAGAUUCAUGCCAGAAAAAUCUAUGACAAGAUCUGAAUUAAUUCCUAUUUUUAGAGCAUUAAUAUACAUACCAUACAUGUUUGGUAUUGUCUGCAGCCGUUUCGAGCGUCCAGAUGUGUUUUUCGCCAUUUCAUUUCAUUUGAGAAAAACAAGAGCGCUUAGAUUACUUUAUUUAUCCGAUUGCGGCGCUACAACAGGCUUGGAACACAUUUCCAGGGCUCUCCAAUGCAAUCCUGAUGCUCCAAUUGAAUAUAUCGAUUUUUCAAGGAACAAAUUCAACGAUUUCGUUGGUUUCUUCAAUCGAUUGUUCGAUAAACGUAAGAAUCCUAUCUGGUACAUCAAUCUAAACUACUGCGGAAUGAUUGAUUACAAUGUUUUGGAGUUAUUCACCGCAUUAGCCAAUAAUCCUCCAUCCUGGGGUGUUAAAUACCUCCACAUCGCCGGAUCAGAGGUCCUUGAUGUCAGUUUGCAGCGUUUCGAACAAUAUUUGAGGGUUGUUUCUGAGGCCAAAAAACAAUCUUUGCUUUCUUUCGAUAUUUCGGACAUUAAAUUGAAUGUUAAGGCCAUAUUGGCUUUACUCAAUAAAUAUCCGAUGCCUUUGAAAGCUCUUUACCUUGCAAAUGACCAAUUAGACAAACAAUCUUAUGAUUUGCUUUGUAACAUCAUCGAAAACUCAGAUACACUCUGCACAUUGGAUAUUUCAAACACUGGACUCAACGCUGAACAGGUAGCAAACAUAAUUACCCUACUUUCAAACAGAUCUUCUUUAUUACAGUUAACAAUCAUCAUAAACAAGCUGAAUUUGAACGGAUCUGCUUUGAUAGCUGUCGUAAAAGGCUUCCUUAAUGGUGAAUUGUCAAUGUGGAAGAAGAUUUCGAUGGAUACAAAUUAUAUGCAUGUUUCUGACUUGCAAUUGUUGACAGCAUUGUUCACAAGGAUGCCUAAUUUAAGGGAAUUGUCUCUAAGUGACAAUUUCGAUGCUUCAAUGGCAGGAAUUGAAUAUGAAUUGCCAGAUAUCUUGAGAAUCAGGAAUUUAGAGGUUCUCCAUAUCGGGGGUGGUCAAAACAAGUCAUUGGGAGUCAAAUUAUUGCCAUUUUUGUUUGCUGUCGGCUUAUCUUUCGAAAUUCGUUCUUAUAUCGGCGGUUAUCCGGCCAGAGAGACAAUUCCUCCACUCAACCAGUUCAAAGAUGCAAUUACUGAUAUCUUUGAAGCGUUUUUGACCACGAAAAUCUGUUCUCCAGAAGGAAUCAACGAUGUAGACGAAUUAAAAGAGAGAGUUGGCGAAUUGGUCAUUCCUUACUUGAUAAGGAAGGGCACCUUAGACGCAGAGGCCGAUUUAUUCAAAUAUCCGACCGGAAAACUUGAAAUGAUAAAAAGAUUGCUUCCUCUUUUGAUUCAGAUCGCCGAAAAGAACAAAUACGACGAGAAGUUCUUCCAAUACACAAAGUUCUUCGGUGCUUACGUCAUUCCUUUCGUCAACGAAGCUCAUAAUUUGAUGGCAGGCGGAGUUAAAGGCAAAGAAACGAAAAUCGCCGAGAAACUUGCCGAUAGAAUUUCUCCAUUGAUAAGGCCGGCCUCGAAACUGUGCGCUUUGCGACAAUUGGAUAUCAGAAACAACAAAAUCGGAGAUUUCGGUGUCCAAGCAGUUAUCGAGCUCCUCAACUUCGAUAACGAGCUCAAGAAUGUUGAUAUCGAUGGCAGCAGGAUCACAACAAUUACAUUAGUUUCAGAUUUUGUUUCUUGCUGUGAAAAGAACGAGAAUUUGACCAGACAGCAGUUCCCUAUCAACGAUGCAAAGCGAAUUAUCCGCACUGCGAAGGUCUACGUCAAAGAUGUCGCAGAGAGAGAAUUAAUUUACUCCCAAAUGAGGCUUUCCAGGGCUGUUGACAUGCACAGAGCGAAAGUUGGAGAGUUUACGGACCUUCCUUUCGACAUUGUUCCUGAAUUGGAGAAGUUAAUUGAGAGAAGAGUGGAAGAUAUCGUAAAAUUCCUUCCUCCUGAGACAUUGAGGAACCACAGUGGCAUUGUCGAAGAAUUCCAGUUGAUGCUGCCUUAUUUGGACGAUGAUUACGCCAAUGGAAACAAAUUGCCAGAUACAUACAAGAAAAUUGACAUCGGAGAACAAGAAAAAUACUUGGCUCCGUCAAUGCGAAAGCGUUUCAUCGAAGGCGACGAGAACGAACUACCUUUGCAGUACAUCGCAUACGAAUUAAGGAGAAGACAGGUCGGAGAAGGCGGAGAACAGACAGAUGUCAUAGAAUCAAGUGCUGCCCCGUUCGAAGAACCACAGAAACCAGCGAAAGACCAAAGUUUCGAAGAAGAUGAAGAAGAAAUUUCUGCAUCUCCGUUCGACAUCAAACAAAUGGUCGAUGAAAUGAUGGCGGACAAAGAAAACAACUCAAGCGAUGACGAGAUGUUCGAUGCAGCACCGCCAACAGGACAAUUCGAAUUGGAUGAGAAUUUGUUCACUCCAUCUGACAAAAAGAAGAAGAUAAAAGGAUCAAUGAACGAAAUAGAUCUCAACGACGACGACGGAGAAAUGCCUAAUUUCUACGAGGGAGACAGCGGACACUCUGCAAAGUCGACAAACAACAGGAGAACAAGCAGAAGAGUGAAGAAACUUGAUUCACAGGCAAAUAUAAGUUUGAACUCUAAUGAACUUAACGUGGAUAUAUCAAACUUGUCUGGAAACGUCAAACCUCCAAGUGAUGACGAAUUUUAA